AUGAAUGUAGCAUAAAAUGUCCGCCAAUCAUCGCCAAUUGGUAUUCGACAAGGCACUUGAAGAAUUCAAAAGAUACCUAAAACCAAGAGAGUUAGAGGACCUCAAGGCAACUACAUCCGAGAAUCUGUCGAGGAUCAUCGGGGAGAUACAAACUAGGCAACACUGGGAACGGCGGCCACAAAACCUGAGCAGGCUAGAUCGUUUCCUCGAAGCCAUUAAUCAGUACGAGCAAGUCGUAAAGACAUUUUGCAACAACAAUGACGUUGUACCUUUUCUCCGAGCAACGAGUGCAGAUCCCGAGGCGUUCAACGAACUUCUGGACACAUACAAGGGCAUUGGAGAGAGUUUGCCCCUUCUUACGCAGUAUCAGACUCUCUUCCAGGCCAAGCCUCACAUGGUGCAAAAUCUAUGGCUCAUAUACGACGACGUACUCGCAUUUCAUUCUAUAAUCUUUCGUUAUUUUCAGCAACCACAAUGGCGGUCGCUAUUCGCUGAGACCUGGAACACUUGCAAAUCUCGCAUCUUUACAAUUAUUGCUAACAUCUCCCGACGCCGAAGUUUGAUUGAGAGCCAAGCCAAUCCCUCUCAGAUCGAAGACGUGCACAAAGAUGUACAGAAUUCGAGACAAAUCGACAAACUUGCGUGUCUCUGUAUCGACUAUUUAAACUUGCCUGCAUUCCGAAACCCACCUACCAGAGAAAGGAUAUUAAACGGGGACUAUUGUUUCAUGGAUUAUGCUGUUGUACACUGGCUUGGGCAUCUUGAAGCAGGAGUUACCUUCCAAAGCAAUGACCACGAACAUCUGAUGAACCAGCUUGCAGAAUCGCUGGAAAUAUUUACCAACCACCAUUGGAGUGAACCUAGCGCCAACCUGACAUUAGCGAAUCGUCACAAAGAGAGGCUUCAAUUCUUUAAAGUGCUUGACUUUUAUGAGAAACUUGAUAAAACGGCAGCCUCGACUAAGAAACAUCUCAAAUUAUUUGGGGAAAUGAAGGAAGAAGAGGUCGCUCUGAACCACGUACACGUUGUUGGCCAAGUGAGAAAAGCUUUGGAACAGAUGGUGACUCGACCGUCAGAGGCUCCUCUUCAGAAAAUGAUCCAACAGGUGUAUGGGGCCAAUCUCUUCAAAUGCCCUAGAUCCAGCUGUGAAUUUUUCACUACUGGGUUUUCUUCAGACACUGAGAGGGUCAAGCACGUUUCGAAACACGACCGACCUUUCCGAUGUAGAGAUGAAAGAUGCACGGGAUUCUCCUGGGGAUUUGCAUCACUACCUGAGAGAGACAGGCAUGUGAAGGAGACGCAUACCAUGGUAGUGGCGCUGGAUCAGGAGUUUCCAACUGAUCAAGACGUAGAGCUCAGCAUUCAGGCUCACCGACCAGCUGUCUAUAUAGGACAAGGAGUGGAGCAAACCGUCCCGAGUGAGGCUGUAGAGUCACAGACCAUAGCGGGUUCGACAGAAUCCCCGCGUUCAGAGCUUGAAGCUGAGAUACAACAUAUACCCCGGCAAACACGCCCGAGACGAGCGGAUUUCCAAUGCGAAUUUUGUUCCAAAGUCUUUACGAGGCGAUUCAACCUGAAAUCACACCUUCUCACUCAUACGACCACGCGGAAGCAUGUUCAGUGA